AGCCAAUUCUAGCCAUGGAAAACCGCAAAGAGACAAUUGGUUGGAGGUCUGUUCCUCAAUUUGGAGGGUGGGAUGAAAAGAGCACCAUUACCAAUUACUCUGUGGUUUUUAAUCAAGCUCGUGCUAAUAGAAAGCUGAACAAAGACCGUGGAUUUAGCCUUGGAAAUGAACAAGAGCUGAUUGCGCGUUAUAAUCAUGAUCAUGACCAUGAUCAUCAUGAUCAUCAUCGUCGUCAUCAACAUCAUCAUCAUCAUCAUCAUCAUCAUCAUCACCAUCAUCAAGAUGAUCCAGUUGUGAGGAAAAAAAAGAAGAUGUUGAGCUAUUUUAACUGCUGUACGUGGGCUUGA